UUUGUCUGGCUCAACAGCUGGGUGGAACUCCGACCAAAAAAAAAAAAAAAAGUUGCUUCAAUGACAUUUUUUGAAGGGAUGGCAGCCUGAGCGCGAGAUAAACCCGUUGUCCUGUCAGGAGGAGAGUAUUUUCAACACUGCGCCAUGGAUUUUAACGUCAAGCGCUUAGCCGCAGACGCCGGUACUUUCCUGAGCCGCGCGGUGCAAUUUACAGAAGAGAAACUUGGGCAAGCGGAGAAAACUGAGCUGGAUGCCCAUCUGGAGAACCUGUUGAUCAGAGCUGAGAACACCAAGCAGUGGACAGAAAGGAUCAUGAAGCAGACGGAGGUCCUACUGCAGCCUAAUCCAAACGUCCGGCUGGAAGAGUUUGUGUACGAGAAGCUGGAGAAAAAAGCCCCCGCGCGGAUGAACAACCACGACUUGCUGGGCCAGUCCAUGAUUGAGGCGGGGAACGACUUCGGCCCCGGCGCUGCGUACGGAAACGCUCUGAUAAAAUGCGGCGAGACGCAGAAGCAGAUCGGCGGCGCGGAGCGGGAGUUCAUCCAGAGUUCUGCCAUCAACUUCCUGACGCCUUUUCGAAACUUUCUCGAGGGCGACUUCAAAACCAUCCUGAAAGAACGCAAGCUUCUGCAGGUCAAACGUUUAGAUCUGGACGCAGCCAAGACCAGGCUAAAGAAGGCCAGGAUGCCGGAUGCAAGAGCUGCAGCAGAGCAGGAGCUGAGAAUGACCCAGAGCGAGUUCGACCGACAAGCCGAGAUCACGCGUCUCCUGCUGGAGGGCGUCAGCAGCACCCACGCACACCACCUACGCUGUUUGAACGACUUCGUGGAGGCCCAGACGACGUACUACGCUCAGUGUUACCAGUACAUGGUGGACCUCCAGAAGCAGCUCGGCAGUUUUCCGUCCUCGUUCGCCAACAAUAACCAGACGGCGGCGACGGCUUCGGGAGGGCCCAGCAUCUCUGUGCCCACCAUCCCGGUGUCCGCCUCUCUGCCCAGCGUCUCCGCGGGUCGCUCCAGCUCUGCGGCGGCGGCGACGGGCGGCUUCAGCGAGCUGCGGAGCUCCAACGGCAGCCGAAAAGCUCGGGUCCUUUAUGACUACGAUGCCGCCAGCAGCAGCGAGCUCUCCCUGCUGGCCGACGAGGUGAUCACAGUUAGCAGCGUGCCAGGCAUGGAUUCAGACUGGCUGAUGGGGGAGCGAGGCAACCAGAAGGGCAAAGUGCCGAUCACCUACCUGGAGUUGCUCAACUGAAGCGCAGAUCCUCUCCGUCUCUACACGCACCCCGUGCAAACCAGCUGUGAUCCCGUAUUUAUACCAUGCUGCAGGGACAGGCCUCACUUUCUGUUUCAUUCAGUUUUUUUUUCUUUUUUUUUAUGUUUCUUUUGUAAAAAAACAAAACAAAAACAAAAAGAUGGAGUCUCUCGUGCUGCAUACCCGAGCAGGAAUAAAUAAAUUUGAGUGAUGGGAGAGCAAAUGGACCCUUUUCCUCAUUAGUUUGCAGUAAAUAUCUUCAACCUGCUUCGAGGCCUAUGAGUUCGGUGCUGAAAGCCGUACCAGAACGCCUAGUAAAGGUUUAAGAUUGUGUUUACAGAGUCCUUCUCAGAUGGUUCACCUAAAUGCUCCUCUGCCUCCUCUUUUUUUUCCUCUCUCUGCUAACACGUUUAUGUAAGAGGAGAUGAGGAGGGCACAUUUUUUGUUAAUUAAGAAAACAGCAGUCGAGUGUGAAGUGAAGAUGGCCGGUGGUUAUUUUAAGUCUCGUUUUUAUAAGCGAUAAUCUCCCGGAGCAGUAGCUGUCCUGAAACUGAGUUUGGACGGGGUUGCUUUGUGCCGCAGACGUAUUUUUGCAUGCCGCUUUACUGCACGAGGAGCUCAUUGCUGGAUCCGUUCCUGUCUGUUGGAUUUUUAUAAUAUUGCCUUUUCCAAUUUACAUCCACAGUAUUGAGCCUUUUUAGCUCAAGUCUUUCAAGUAUUGAAUCCUAUUUUUUCCAUCCCCCAUUCUUGCCAGCCUGAAAUCAGCUUUGGUACUGUGCUUAAAAUGAGGCCCAGUAUUUGUUUCUCUGGUUUUGAUUAGCUUUCUGUUUUUACUAAAGGAAAUGCAUGCAGUAAAGAUCUGUUUUCUCCUUUUAACAUUACUAACCCAGCUGGAAUUUCAUCAAGCUUGCACUUCAAAUGUAUAUGGAAACCUUUUUAAGAACUGUAUUGUUGCAUUUUUUUGAGGACAUUUCAGUAUAUUAUUACAAAAUUGAGCUUUUUGUAUUUCGUGUAACUGAUACAGUGGCAUGUGAUUGUAAAAAAAUAAAUAAAUCUAAACUAUGAACCAUU